AUGGAUGAGUUUGAAGUCGUAGCUCAAAUUCCAGAACCGCCCACUUUUUUAUGUGAUGAAGUAGUACGCUGUGAAGUAGUCGUGACACGUGCAAAUACCCAAACCAAAUGGUAUGUAAAUUGGGACAUAAGAAGCGUUGAAGGGAUUUUAGUGGGUCAAUAUCGUCUGAACACGGUUGCCAUCGCGCAAAAUUUACAAAGUCAUCAUGAAUUCGCUCAGAUUGUGCCCCGAAAGCUGCCCGGUGGCGAUUACAGACUUGGUAUGCGCUCCUGUUUGCGAAGCUACUUUAUUACUUUAGAUAGUGUAUUUGAUGCUGGGCUUGAUCCACAGAGUCGUGUUUCUUGGAUUGGUCACCUAAAAUCCGGCACGCAAUUUCCCUUCUUCGCAAUUGAUGAGAAGUCCUGCACAAAGAUAACUCUCAGGGCUCGCCUACCGGAGCAUCUACCACCCAGCUACCGUGGAAACAUUAUUCGGUUUGCCUAUAAGGCUUUGAUUCAAGUUCAAGUUGGUAACAUAUCACCACGACUACUACACCUGCCUUUUCGGGUUCUGCCUUCGGUUCGCGCUUAUUAUCACUCUAGCCCAUCCUUGUCAGCGGUCUCUUCAACAAUUUCUGUUACAUUGCCUGUGUUAAUGGGCAGCGAUUAUCAUGGGAGCUUGAUUACAUCGGAUCGUGAUUCCAAUCCUUUCCGAAAUGAUUCCACCGGACAGUUUGGAUGUGGCACUAGCCCCCUCGGUGAUGGAUGCCUAUCGCGUGAAGAGCUUCAUCCGGCUGUUUUCGAUAGGCUUUCCCAAUUAUUAACCGAGGCUCAAAUGUCCUAUUCGAACCGUUCACAUGGUACAAAAAAGGCCAGAGGUAGGAAAAAACGCAUCCGAAAGGAAUCCCCUUCACGGUUACCAUCAGCCAUGUUUGCUGAAAUGGUUUCAUCCAGCUCCGUUGCAACAUUUGUGAUUUCGGGUCCGAAUGGCCAUAUUUGCCGCAUCGGGUUUUUCAAAACAGCUGCGCGACUAGGCGACUCAUUGCGGGGCUUCCUAGACUUUCAAGCAGCUGCGGUUCCCUGUUUUGAGUGCGUUAUUCGCGCAACUACAAACGAAUACUUCGAUCUCUCUUUCCAGCAAGAAAACACAUUGGAGAAGGAUCUCUUAUUUUUCACUACUCCCAUUGAAGUACCUCGAGAUUCUAGAGAAAAAGCUCCCACAUUGCUGGAAAACACCUGGCAAACGGUGUGGUUUGAGACACGGCUGAUGUGUUCCAACACUAGGUUUUUGCCAUUCUCCAUCCCUAUUUUACUGAAUGCUCCGCCAGAGUUUAUGAUUACUAGCAACUUUUUUACAUGUCCAUUCCGAGUGCAAUGGUGUUUAAGAUUUGAAUUUGCCGUCGCAAAAACACUACCCGGACGUAGAUCCCGAUCAUCGUUAGAACCUAAGUUGUUCAACUUGUUCCUCCAGGAGCCUUCAACUACUAAGUUUCCAGACUACACACCAUCAAUUAAUUGUGACAGACAAAUAUUUCCUUGGGAACUCCCUAUUUCUAUCGUUCCGAACGGCCCGGGAGCUUUCAUUUUCCCCAAUGAGUCGCGAUCCAUUUGUACUGUUUCUCUUGGAUAA